AUGAAACCCCGCUUACUCUCCUUUAUUAUGGAAUCCUGCUUACUCUCCUUUAUUAUGGAAUCCUGCUUACUCUCCUUUAUUAUGGAAUCCUGCUUACUCUCCUUUAUUAUGAUACCCUGCUUACUCUCCUUUAUUACGAAACCCUGCUUAUUCACCUUUAUUAGGAAACCCUGCUUACUCUCCUUUAUUAUUGAAUCCUGCUUACUCUCCUUUAUUACGAAACCCUCCUUACUCUCCUUUAUUAUGGAAUCCUGCUUAUUCUCCUUUAUUACGAAACCCUCCUUACUCUCCUUUAUUAUGGAAUCCUGCUUACUCUCCUUUAUUACAAGACACUGCUUAUUCUCCUUUAUUAGGCAACCCUGCUUACUCUCCUUUAUUACGAAACCCUCCUUACUCUCCUUCAUUACGAAACCCUGCUUACUUCACUUUAUUCCCAAGGUAGAAUCUGAAUGCUCAGGAAGUACUUUCAAGGCAAAAAGCACUUCAGACAAGAAUGGAAAUGAAUCGUAA